CAUUGCUGUGUAACCACGGUGACAUGUAACAUCACCAAAAGCCCCCCAUCAUGCGUGCAGCAGCUUGAACCUGGCAGGGGAGGAGAAUGUGCUGCUUUACCUGACUAUAUUCAUAAUAAAUCAGACCAAUUCCUGACAUUUUUUUUCAAAUGUUUGCAGUCAUCUGAUGCGGGGUGAGGCUGCUGUCUGGAAGAGAAGCGAGGAGAGGCUAAUAUGAAGUCAACAUUUGGCAAGCCAGAUCCAGGAAAGCACCACCAGUCAUUUUGAAGCCAACAUGACGCACCAUCUCCGGUAAAAGCUGCCCCACCCACUCUCCCCGCUCAUCCUACCAAAGCCAAGCAAGAGUGAGGAACGCUCCAGACAGAACCGGAGCCGACAUGGGUCCACCGUGCGAGCACACCGUAGCAACGGCAGCUUCCUGCAAGCGCUGGGGUCACCGUUGUCUGCGGAGGAAGCUGAGGCCCAUGCGCAUCUUCGGGUUUGUGGUGAGCCUGCUGGCCAUAAGUGCCGUCUCCAUCUGUGCCUUGACUUGGUCCUCCAUGGGUGAUUCCCUGGUCCCCCUGGAGAGUGUCCGCCAGUCGGUGCCCCGAAGGACUCUGCUCUCCAGUCAGCAGCAGCAGGAGGCCAACACGUCAGGCAACAGGUCGGUCGCAUCCAAAUCGAGCAACGAAAGCCAAGGGGAGUACCCGCCGGACCUUUUUACCCUGGAGGAGAGGCGCCAAGGAGCCGUGAUCCUCCACAUGUUCGGCAUGAUCUACAUGUUCAUCGCCUUAGCCAUUGUGUGCGACGAGUUCUUUGUCCCGGCGCUCACCGUCAUCACAGAGAAGCUGACCAUCUCGGACGACGUGGCCGGCGCCACCUUCAUGGCAGCAGGUGGCUCCGCCCCAGAGCUCUUCACCUCCAUCAUCGGGGUCUUCAUCUCGCACAGCAACGUGGGCAUCGGCACCAUCGUGGGCUCGGCUGUCUUCAACAUCCUCUUUGUCAUCGGCAUGUGCGCCAUCUUUUCCAAGGAGAUCCUCAACCUGACGUGGUGGCCGCUGUUCCGUGACGUCUCCUUCUACAUCCUGGACCUCAUCCUGCUCAUAGUCUUCUUCCUGGAUAACUUCAUCUCUAUGUGGGAAAGUAUCACGCUGCUCUCGGGAUACGCCGCCUAUGUCAUCUUCAUGAAGUUCAACAGCAAGGUGGAGGGCUUCGUCAAGAGCUGCAUGAACAAGAACCAAGUGGUGGAGGUGGAGGUGCAGCCCAAGGAUGAGAAGGCGAGUCCCGGGGCGCCCGAGGAUGACGGCAAGUUGUCGGCCAGGCCUCGGCUUCAGAGGGGGGGUAGCUCGGCCUCCUUGCACAACAGUUUGAUGAGGAACAGCAUUUUCCAGCUCAUGAUCCACACCUUGGACCCAUUAAGUGAAGAAUUUGCUGACUCUGAGCUGGGGACUUAUGGGAAACUAAAAUAUUAUCACUCAAUGACUGAGGAAGGGAAAUUCCGAGAGAAAGCGUCCAUCCUUCACAAGAUUGCGAAAAAGAAAUGCCAAGUGGAGGACAGUGAGAAAGCCAAUGGUGUCGCCAGCCGUGCAGACAAGAACCUACCAAACAGCUCCAACGUGCAGGUGGAGGUGACCCCGCCCAUGAAUGGCACCGCAGGCCAAGAGGGUGAAACGGCUGGGGACGAGGAGGAAGACGACCAGCCUCUGAGCCUCUCCUGGCCCGAAACCGGUCGCAAGCGGUUCACCUACCUCUUCAUCAUGCCCAUCGUCCUCCCUCUGUGGCUCACAUUGCCUGACGUCAGGAAACCGUCAUCAAAGAAGUUCUUUCCCAUCACUUUCCUGGGUGCCAUCUGCUGGAUCGCAGGCUUCUCCUACCUAAUGGUGUGGUGGGCACACCAGGUUGGAGAGACCAUCGGGAUUACAGAGGAGAUUAUGGGUCUGACUAUAUUAGCGGCUGGAACCUCCAUCCCUGACCUCAUCACCAGUGUUAUUGUGGCACGCAAGGGCCUGGGGGACAUGGCUGUAUCCAGCUCCGUCGGCUCCAACAUCUUUGACAUCACAGUCGGGCUGCCAUUUCCUUGGCUGAUGUGGUCCUUCUUCAGCGGCCUGAAGCCAGUGGCGGUCAGCUCCAACGGCCUCUUCUGUGCCAUCGUGCUCCUUUUCCUCAUGCUCCUCUUCGUCAUCAUCUCCAUCGCCGCCUGCAAGUGGCGCAUGAGCAAGUUGCUCGGCUUCAUCAUGUUCAUGCUCUACUUCGUCUUCCUGGUGGUCAGCGUCAUGCUGGAGGACCGCGUCCUUAUCUGUCCCGUGUCCGUCUGAGGGUCACCCAGCACAAAGCCCAACUUCCUUUUCCCCUUUUACGGCCAUCCUCAUUGGCGGCUCCCACGUGUGGUGUGUGAAGACAAUGCACGGUGGGUACGGCGACAAGAGGCGCUAACUUUCUGUGUUAUUGAAUUAGCAGGAGCCUAAUAGUGACGCAUUAUGCAUGCCAUUAGUGUCAUUUAGAGCAGGCUUAUUAAGGCUGGCAGCUUGAGGAGAACUUUCUACACGUGAGUAGAAGCUGCAAGGAAAUAUGAGAUGAUUCCUGAUGGCUUCCUUUCAACACCAUAUUUGUUUUGUUUGUUUUUUAAUGCCAGAUUUAGCAGUAGCAUUAGACGUACUGUAGCAGGACAAUCUGCUCCCUCUUGAUUGUAGAUAACUCGUCACAUUCGCCAAUAAAAAGCAUGACUACUUAAGGCCAAAACCUUUGAGAAUCAGUGUUUAAGCGUUUCUAUUGAUAGAUUAGUCACCAGGCUGCAUGGAAGAAGAAGAAGAAGAAGAAAAAAAAGAAGACACUUACAGGUGAAACCUAUUAAUCACACAUUUAAAUAACUUGUAUACCAAAAUGUACACUCGAUGUAGAAAAACACUUAUAGGCUCAGUGAUAUCUAGUGUGAAGUUCACUUUCUAAUCAAAGGUGCUUCUGUGUGCAAGCAUCCCUUAUCUAUGACUAGAUGCUAUAACAGUAUUUUGCAAAACAAAAACAACACACCCAUUUGUGUUUUGUACGAGGAACUCAUCACAAUCUGUGAGAAUAGAAUGUGGAUUUAACAGCAAUAUACGCGUCGUGUGUCCGAACCCUCCUCUGUUAUUCUAUGUUAGGCUCACUAAACACCCGCUUUACCUCAGCCUGUGUACAGCAUCUUAGUGGGAAUGAACUGUAAAUUACUAGUACAUAGAUUCUCUCGAGUGCAUGCAUCUUGGGCUGGUUACCCACCGACUGUACAGAUGAGCUUCACUUUUAUGCAUUUAAUCUGAACAAAACUACGGCUUUACUUUGUAAAUACCUUUUUUUUCCCCUUCAGAUGUUUUUUUACUCAUGUUGAACAAAUAUUGGACUGAUGCUACCUGUUUUUUUUCUCUUCAGGUAUUUAAGUGAAAAAAAAGAACACUUAUUGCCCCUCGAAAGCUCACAAAGUUAAGUAUAAAAGUGUGUUUUUGUGUCAAUUGAAGCUACUUUUUGCUUGAGUUUGGACAAUCACCGCUCACAAAUUCAAAUAUGGCUUGAGUGGCGAGCAGCGAUGCAAUAGAAAGAAAUGUAUUUAAAAAAAAAACACACAAUAGAUCUGAUUGUGGUUUCCGAAGGUAAGUGACCAUGAGAGCUGAAGAACAUGUUUGCACUGUAAAUGUGUUUAUUUUUCUUGGUGUUGAUGUAUUUAAGGUGUACAUAUAUACAGAUAGAAAUGAACCAUAUAAUCUAUAUGUGUAAAACAAAUAUGUCUCUAUGUAAAAACAAGAAAGUAUAAUAUAAUGAAACAAAUAAAGCUGAUAAUUCUAAUAUGCAACAA